CGUAUCUAUCUCAAAGAUGAGUUCCUCUCACUAAGACGCUGAUCCCCUCCUACUGUACAUCACUCACGAUGUCUCGGUCGUAGAUGGAAACAUGGGCGACCGGCGCGAGAAAGGCGCCCUAACGCGCAGGCGGAGAACCGUGACAGUGUGCGGCGAAGCGGCGGCGGCGGCGGGCGCGAGUUCGAGACGCACGGGCAGGAUCGAGCAGAGCGGCGGGGAGAGCUCGCGCAGCAACGCCACCGCAAACUGCCAGCAGGUGCACGAGACAGCCAGGAGCAAAGAGGAUGGCCUUAAGGACAGGAUCAGCUGCCAUCGGCACCAGGAGUCACUGCUCAGCUCGGAGAGCGGCUACAGCAACUACAGAGGGAUUCUCAACUGGUGUGUGGUCAUGCUGGUUUUGUCCAAUGCACGCCUUUUCCUGGAGAACCUCAUAAAAUAUGGCAUACUGGUCGACCCCAUUCAGGUGGUCUCUCUCUUCUUAAAGGACCCAUACAGCUGGCCUGCUGCAUGCCUUAUCAUUGCAUCUAACGUGUUUAUCAUGGCAGCCCUGCACACAGAAAGACAGCUGGCUAUGGGAAAAAUCUCUGAGAGCACUGGGACUUUUCUUUACUUCAUAAAUCUAAUUGCUGUCUUGUGCUUUCCAUCAGCAACCGUCCUGAUGCUGACCUCUAUGACCCCAGUGGGUGGAAUCAUUGCACUAUCAGUAUACACAGUCAUUUUUCUGAAGCUUUACUCCUACAAGGAUGUGAAUAAAUGGUGUCGGGAGAUUAGACAAGUCCAAGCCCGAAAACUGUCUCGUUCCAACUCCUGUCCAUCUGUGCAGAGAGCCAAUGGGAAUUCCACUCAGAGUCAUGUGACCUACCCGGGCAAUCUCACUCACAGAGAUAUGUAUUAUUUUAUUUAUGCCCCAACAUUGUGCUACGAGCUAAACUUCCCCCGGUCCCCAAGAAUACGGAAGCGUUUCCUGCUUAGGAGACUUUUUGAAAUGCUCUUUUUGAUGCAGUUACAAGUUGGCUUGAUACAGCAGUGGAUGGUGCCAACUAUCCAGAACUCCAUGAAACCUUUUCAGGACAUGGACUUGUCCAGGAUGGUGGAGCGUCUCCUUAAGCUUGCUGUACCUAAUCAUUUAAUAUGGCUCAUCUUUUUUUACUGGCUCUUUCAUUCCUCCAUGAACUUUGUUGCUGAACUGAUGCAGUUUGGAGACCGAGAAUUUUAUAGAGAUUGGUGGAACUCAGAAACAGUGCCAUAUUUCUGGUCCAACUGGAACAUCCCGGUCCAUAAAUGGUGCUUGCGGCACUUUUAUAAGCCCAUGUUGAGAAGAGGUCUGAACAAGCUGACAGCCCAGAUCGCCGUGUUUUUUCUCUCUGCAUUCUUUCACGAGUACCUAGUAAGUGUGCCACUGAAGAUGUUCCGCCUCUGGGCGUUCAUGGGAAUGAUGGCCCAGAUUCCACUUGCAUUGUUUGUGGGCCGCUUCCUGAGAGGUAACUACGGCAACGCUGCAGUGUGGAUCUCUCUGAUCAUCGGUCAGCCCAUUGCUGUGCUCAUGUAUGUCCAUGAUUACUAUGUACUUCAUUAUGGAAGUGCAACAGAGGGUGGGGCUUCACCGCAAUAAUCAAUAUGCUGAAUAAUAAUAAUAAUAAAAUCAAGGCUGUUUUUAAAUGCACAAUCGUUAAGGAUACAAGUAAAAAUCGUCAUUACCAUGAACAGGCAAAUCCUCUGCUAAUGCACUUUAUUAGCAUGGAGAGACAAGGAUAUAGACAGAUGAGCAGACAGACGAAGAGAAAGAAGAAAUUAAUUAACCAAACAAAAAGAGGGAACAAGAGAGAAGGAGAGGGAAAGCAUCAGCAUAAAGUUGCAAUGAAGCUCACACACCCUGAUUAUGACAGGGAGCUUACAAUCUUUCUUUUUAAUUAUGUUUUAAGAACGUUAUAUGAACAUUAUUUUGCACUUUGUCAAAGUGUUUAAUUCAGUUUAUGUUUUAUUAUCCUUUAUAUAGUAAAGCCAUUUAGGUUUUUGCACUUUGUCAAUUAUGCAUGUGGUUCCUAAACCUCUGCUAAAUUUCUUUAUCAGUUAUUAUAUAGCAAAUCAUAUAUUAAUUAAUAGAUUAUAAUUUUUAUGAAUGUGAAUUUUAAAAAUUUUAUGUAAAAAUGUAAUGUUUUUAGAAACAGCGUUCAGCCUAUUAAUUUGUUAGUGUUAUAUACAUUUUAGUUUUAAUUCACAUGCAAUUUGCUUUCUGGAGUACCUUCAAGGAACUAGAUCAGUAUUUAUGUACCUUUAGAUCCUUUAUAUGUGAAAAUGUCAAUUAUAUGAAUUACUUUGUAAAUUAAUUUGAAAGGCUAAAAACAUUAUAUAUAUAUA